GCCUUCCUAGGGGCAGUCGGAUUCUGAAGAAUCUUUAUCAAAGGUUUCGCAAAGAUAGCAGAGCCUAUCCGCGCAAUGAUUAGGGAAUGAGGGACCAUGGAGUGGAYCGAGGAUAGGGAGGCGGCAGCCCAGACUCUCAAAGACGUCUUGUAUUAUGACCAAGUCACCUUGGCAGCGCCCUGCUUCAAUGAUGAAGUAGGACGACCCUUUAUCUUGGAAACAGACGGAGGGUCAUUGGCAGUAGGGGAAGUACUGAUACAGACGAGCGAGGAAGGUAAGGAGAGGCCUAUCAGAUUUGAGAGCAGGAYCCUGAAUUCGGCAGAGCGGCCGUACUCACAGUUCAAAAAAGAGGUCUUAGCCAUUCUAGAUUGCCUUAAGACGUUUCAGGCAUACCGAUUCGGGAGACGGUUUAUUCUUAGGAUCGAUCCGACCAAUGUCGCCGGGGCAUUACAGAACUACAAGCCUAUAGACCCGACCGUCGGGAGAUGGAUAGGCUUCAUAUGGCAAUUCAACUACAAGGUCAAGCGAAUUGCAGGGCUCCGAAAUAGGGCAGACGGACUAAGUCGGGUUUGYAUUACGCCAGAGGGAGUAGAGGAUGCAGAACCAAUCGACGYCUUGCUAGAAUACGAAGGAGGGACCCUGGUCGUGGAUAACGAGAUGGCAGACACCGCUCCUACAAUGGACCAACUGCUGAUUCAGACCCUAGAGAAGAGCACGCCCGCCAUAGUUGCGAAGCUCAGGGAGGGACCAGUCACCACGUUUAGACGCAAGGAUGAGAAAGAUUCGUGGGGAGCAACGAUGGGGCCRAAGGAAGAGCUGAUGGCAAUGGUCGUUGAAGGGGGUAGGGAUGCUGUGAUGAACCUAGUAGAAACUUGGACGCAAAGAGAGCGGCAGUAUCUAGUGAAUCAGACUCAGGAGGAGCAAGGCACCGGUCAGAAGGGACGAGAGUUCUUCCUUAUACAGAUGUACAUCUUGGAUGCAAGAGAUAACCUCAACGGCUACGUAGAGGCGGUAGCUCUUAAGAAAAAGAYGGGAAAGGGAGUGGCCGAUUGGAUAGAAGACUUCUACCUUAGGCACCCCUUURUGCGCAGAUUCAUAGCAGAGAAUGGAAUGAAGUUCGUCAACCAGGAGGUGUUGGGCAGGCUUAAGGCGCUGUGCGUACCUAUCAAGAUCAUCGAACCAGAUCACCCUGAGGCCAAUGCACCAGUAGAAAGGGGUCACCGGMCCUUGAAAAACACAAUCGCUAAGUUGGCAGCCGAUGACCUGGGGAACUGGCCUCGGUACCUUAAGCAGACGGUCUUCUCCGAGAACAAGACGCCGAAAAGGACGACGAGAUGCAUUCCGGCGGAACUCUGGCAUGAGAGGGAGAYUGACUUCCCGGUGGAAGCCCUGGUUCCUACCUGGAACAGGCUAGAUGACAAUCCGCACAUAGGGAGAAGAAAGCAAGGGAGCAGGGGACCGUCGCCCCUGAGAGAGGGGGAACCAAUAGUUCUCCCAUCUGACAGUGACACUAGUAGUGAGGAGGAGGGGAGCCUAGGGAAAAGGCAGAGAAUGGAAGAGGAAGAACUCAAAGAGGUCAUAGACCUCAGCUGUGAGGAAGAGGAGWRCGAAGUCRCRACGCCUACGAGAGAAGUAAGGGGAAGGGAUGAGGACCCAGGCGACGAGAAGGACAAGUGGAUAAGAGAAUUUGAGCCGUCUUUAAGUGGCUGAUUCGACCAAUGGGCCAGUAUCAUGAGGAAUGAAUGGGCAAUGAAAGG